AUGUCGCGGCAUGUUGCUCGACAGUUAUGGGGGCUGCCGACCACUACGGCGUCGAGUCUUACUGCUACGUGCACGCCAUACACACUCCCCUCCGACGGCGUCCUUAGUUUUGCCGAAGACAACAUCGUCACCCUCACCGCCAAUGUAGUCUUCUCCCCUGCCUGCACCCCAGGAUAUGUAGCCCCCGGAGCCAAUCAAGACCCUUCCAGUGUGGCCGACCUCCGGAACCCCUUCUAUGCCUCGACCAUUCCUCAGACCUUUGUUGUCGCAUGCGCCACCUCACUUGCCUGGGUCUUGGUUGUCAUGCUGUUGAUCAACUCGCGCUCCUUCAGUCCUGGAUUUGGUCUCACGAAUUUUGCUUCUGGAAGAGGUCUCAUAGGUGGCGCUACUGGUGGUACCGCUGCUCCGGGUGUUGGUUCACGGCCCUGGCUCCAGAAGGUGGCUGCUCUUCUUACUGCAAUCGCCCUCACAAUCGCCACGGCCGACACUUUCAAGGUCGCACACGAACAAUAUCUGACUGGUUACAUGGACGGAGAUGCUAUGCACAGCAAAGUCGAAGGUAGCAUGGAAGUUCGUGUCACGCGUGUUAUCUCCGACGUCUUCCUCUGGCUUGCUCAAGUUCAAACAUUAAUCCGUCUGUUUCCACGUCACAAAGAGAAGGUCGUCAUCAAAUGGGUCGGUUUCGCGCUCAUCGUUCUGGACACAAUCUUCUCCUGCCUCAACAGUUUUUUGGUCGACAGCUUUAAUCGCCCUCGUCAUUUUGUCGACGCCAUUCCCGCGUUGAGCUACCUUUUCGAACUUGCUGUGGGAUUGCUUUACGCCGCAUGGGUCAUUUUUUACGGUCUCACCAAGCGUCGCUACGCCUACUUCCAUCGGAAAAUGAAGAGUAUCUUCAUAGUGGCCAUAUUAUCACAUAUCGCAAUUCUAACACCUGUUGCCUUCUUCAUCACCGACGUCGCUCAGCCAGACGUUGCUGCUUGGGGUGACUACUUUAGAUGGGUUGGAGCUGCCGCAUCCAGUGUCGUUGUCUGGGAGUGGGUUGAACGAAUAGAAGCUUUGGAGCGAGAUGAGAAGAAAGACGGCAUCCUCGGCCGUGAAGUUUUUGAUGGUGAUGAGAUGAUCGACAUGACCCCCGGAGACAACAUGACAUAUACGCGGAAGCCUAGGGACAACUACCGCCCAGCCGACAGUGACAACGAUCGAUCUGGUGGCGCUGCUCACAAGUCUGGAUCGCAACAAGACUCGGUAUCACGUUUACCUUCUCGAAGGCGGAAAGUAGUUCCCCGACGGAGCACCCAUCUACCUCUCGGCAGAGCACAUUCCGAGAACCGGACUAUCACAUUUGGGAAUCUCCCUCGUCCUGAAACCGCUUUAACCCCAAUAACUAACCCAACACCACCUCCUCCUCGAAUUUCACCACCAGAUAGAGCGAACACAACGAGUGCCGCUUCAACUGUAUAUGUCAUCAAUUAUGGCGAGUCUCAAGAGCCCGAACCUGUACGUCGUCGUACGCAAGAUAUACCCGAGCAUCCACCGCCAGACGAUCUGGAAGCCCAAACGUCGACAGCUCUUCGAGAAGAGAUCAAAUAUGGAGACGCGACUCUGCCAGGCGGGAACUCAUCACGCAUACGUCAAACAAGCAACGCACUUUGGAACACGGUACAACAUCCAUUCAAGCGAAAACGAAUGAGUCCCCCGGCGGAAGUCCGAGCAGCACGACGUGAUAGUGAUACUCCUGCUCUGCCUGCUCACUCGUACUCGAAAUGGGAUCUCAAAGGUCGACUUGGUGCAAUCGCGGCUGAGCAAGGCGAAAAGUAUCGUGAACGAAGACAAGAGAAGGCGAAUGAUGUUGAUCUGCCCUAUACGGUGAUUCCGGCGCCCACGAGAGGUGCUGCGGCGUGGAGUCCACACGCGCUGAAACAUACGGAUAGUGAUUUCAGUAACAAAGACACUCCACCGGACUCGCAACAUAAUACUGUGCGAGACUCGAACAGUUCACAGCAUGUCACGUGGGCUAGUUCGACAACAGCUGGUAGUCAAGGGGACAAUGUCGUCAACGAAGUCCUGAACAGACGUUCUGAUGACAAUGAGACGCCUCGACAGGGUCCUGUCUUAUCGCUAGGCACGAGUUCCCCGGAAAGGAGCACAUCAGUAAUCGGCCCAGAAACAGCGAACGCACCACGAGUGCAACACGAUGACGAUGAGCGCGGAACGCCGAGACCGACCUAG